AUGGGCUGCGGAUCGCCGAAUCAACCAACGUUCUCGAUGGAGUCACUGCUUAAGCCAGAGAUCUCCGAUUUUUCCCCCAAGGCCACCACUAAUAACGAAGAGUCUACAAUAUGCUCGGUGUGCUGUGAUGAAGCCAGCGGACGACAUUAUGGGGUCGUUGCGUGCUUCGGCUGCAAAGGGUUUUUUCGAAGAACCGUACGUGCGGGGAAGAAUUACAUCUGUCGUUAUGAUCAGAAAUGUCGCAUUGACAAAGCAAUCAGACCCGAUCGGGACAAAACGGGCCGACAGAAGAAUCCGAGAAGAAACGGCAGUCAUCUAAUAAACGGCCUCGACCCGGCUGUGGUUAAAAAGCUGUCCAGUGCAUCUAUGCUUGGUGAUUUACCCUGCGUUAAUAAAAGGGAUGACUCAGACGACAAUCCCACCUCCCCCUCAUCUAGAGCAGAGUCUGCCCCAGCCGUGGAUAUUCGUCCCACGCCUUGCGACGAAAUCCUUACGACCCUUCGUGAAAUUGAGCAGAUCUGCCUUCAACUGCGAGAUGUGGCUCCAGUCUCGCCUAUGGCUCGACCUACGCUUCUGGACUGCGUUCACCGUCCCUCGCUCAUUACUCCCAGAUCUCAGCUUUCAUUCGACGGUUCAAAUGGUCCAGGAAGCCUUGCAACAAUCUCUGAAAAUGUUCGACGAAUGAUCGUAUUAGUUUUCGACUAUGCCAACACAUUGAAACCAAUCGCUGACAUCCUUCCUGAAGAAAAGGGCGAUUCUGACUCCGUGUACCUACCAUCAGGGCACACACUUCCGUCCGACAUGUCACUAUUUUCCCCAGUUUUGGACGACGAUAAGCGCCAUCUGGUUAUGAUCGCCAAUGAUCUUUGCUCAUUUGCGCGCAUUUCACGUCUAGCCAGCCGUGGUCGAGCUGACGACGUUAACGCAGCCGAGUACAAUUUCAGGGCAGUGCGUCGAGGUUUGGUCGAUCAAGUCAUAAACCAGCUGAGGAAACUGCACGUAACUGAAACUGAACUUCUCGCGCUCAAGGCCAUCAUGGCUCUCGAUCCUAAUGUGAAGGGCCUCUCAAUAAAAUCGUCUGGACAUUUGCUUGUUGGACGCGAAUCUGUGCAAAAUGCCCUUUUUGCACAUCUAAUGACAAGGCAUCCAGCCUCUGAAGCCACAGCUCGUUUUGGCCAUCUACUCCUAUUGAUAGCUUCUGUUACGGAUAUGAUAGACAUGGUAGCUAAUACCAUCAUCCGGCAACUCGAAUCUUCUUUGCUCUUAAAGGGAAACCUCUAUGAUGACGCGGUUGAGGAACAGUCGUGGACGGAGCAAUGA